UACAACCAGUUUUUUUUUUUUUUUUGUCUUUUUUCCCGCUUCACAAUGCCUCGCGAUAUUAUUGCCAUUCAAUGCGGCCAAGCCGGCAACCAGAUCGGCACCAAGUUCUGGGAAGUCAUCUCGGGCGAGCACGGCAUCGACGGCUCUGGCGUCUAUGUCGGCGACAAUCCGCUCCAGCUCGAGCGCGCAGACGUCUACUUUAACGAGUCUGGCAACGGCCGCUACGUCCCCCGCGCUGUGCUCGUCGAUCUCGAGCCCGGCACCAUGGAUGCCAUCCGCGGUGGCCCGCUCGGCCAGCUCUUCCGCCCGGACAACUUUGUUUUUGGUCAAAACGGCGCUGGCAACAACUGGGCCAAGGGUCACUACACUGAGGGCGCCGAGCUCAUCGAGCCCAUCCUUGACGUUGUUCGCAAGGAGGCUGAGGGUUGCGACUCGCUCCAGGGCUUCCAGAUCACCCACUCGCUCGGCGGUGGCACGGGCUCUGGUCUCGGCACGCUCCUGAUCUCCAAGAUCCACGAAGAGUUCCCCGAUCGCAUUCUCUCGUCCUACUCGGUCGUUCCUUCGCCCAAGGUUUCUGACGCUGUCGUUGAGCCCUACAACGCCACCCUCUCUGUCCACCAGUUGGUUGAGAACACCGACAUGACCUUCUGCAUCGACAACGAGGCCCUGUACGAGAUCUGCUUCAACACCCUCAAGCUCACCACCCCCAACUACAGCGACUUGAACCAUCUGGUUGGCAGCACCAUGUCGGGUGUCACCACCUGCCUGCGCUUCCCCGGUCAGCUCAACGCCGAUCUCCGCAAGCUUGCCGUCAACCUCGUGCCCUUCCCCCGUCUGCACUUCUUCAUGCCCGGCUUUGCUCCUCUGACUGCCCGCAACGUCCAGUCCUUCCGCAACGUCACCGUCGCCGAGCUCACUCAGCAAAUGUUCAACGCCAAGAACAUGAUGGCUGCCUGCGACCCCCGCCACGGCCGCUACCUCACCGUUGCCGCCAUGUUCCGCGGCAAGGUUUCUAUGAAGGACGUCGACGAUCAGAUGCUUGCCAUCCAGAACAAGAACUCGUCGUACUUUGUCGACUGGAUUCCCAACAACGUCAAGACUGCCGUCUGCGACGUUCCGCCAAAGGGUCUUAACAUGUCUGCCACCUUCAUUGGCAACAACACUGCCAUCCAGCAGCUGUUCAAGCGUGUUAGCGAGCAGUUCACUGCCAUGUUCCGUCGCAAGGCUUUCUUGCACUGGUACACUUCUGAGGGCAUGGACGAGAUGGAAUUCACUGAGGCCGAGGCUAACAUGAAUGACCUCGUCUCCGAGUACCAGCAGUACCAAGAGGCCACUGCCGAAGAUGAUGGCGAGGAGGGCCAAGAAGUUGCUCAAGAGUAAAAAACAAACAAACAAACAAACAAAAAAAAAAAAACUUCUUGUCUGCAGUCUCUCCCGCUCGGUCUCGCCGAUUUUUGUGUAGAGCGCUUUUGAGUUGAGUUGAAACGUUGUGGUUUGUGUUUUCUCUCCCCCACCCCUUCCUGGUUUGAUUUUGGCGUCUGAUUGGACGAUUGUCUUGAUUUUGUGUUCUUCCACCACUUCUCCCCCGUUGAAUUUCCAGUUGAUGUUGUUGAGCUGUGCCACCUGUCGGCAGCGUGCUGUUUGUUGCGUCUCCGGAUUGUUUUUUGUCCGGGUUGUUAUAAAAAAAAGAGUCAUACAUGUC